ACGAAUCCCUAGUCGCAUAUAUAUACAUUCAUUUUCGGCUUGCAGGCGUCCGAUUAAAAAAUAUCUUUUUAAAUAUAAAAAUCAAUGCAAAUAAUUGUGUAAAACAUCAAAAAUUCAACAUCACAUGCAUGCCCAAGUGAUGAGCAAUAGUUUGUAAAACAGAAACAACAAUUUAUGUCAUAAAUAAAUGUGAUUGCAGUGGUUUUAGCCGUCGUCGUUCAGCGUUCGAGACCCAGCAUUUUUUUUUUACUUUUUUUUGUGCAGUCCGGAACAAAAAUACAGACAAGCGGCGAAAAUGAUUUGAGCAUAAUUAAAUUGUUCAAAUAUAUUUUGGAAACAAAUAAACCUUUUUUGUCGCACCACCAUCGCCCAAUUCAUUCCUCAUCGCCAUUUAUUUCUUAUUUUUUGGUUUGUCAUAUAACCAUUCGGUCAGGUUGUCUGUUCUUUGUCGUCGCCACUCAGACUGAUGUGGUAAACAAAAAGUAUUGCGUUUCGACAUUCUUGUUGACGGCGAAUAAUUGGCAGGUAUUCUUCCUUCGCUUGCACUUUCACAAGCAUCAUCACGUCGACAAGCGGAACAGCAGCGGACAUUGGCAAACCGCAUUGAGUAGCAGAGUGACUAGAUUUCGACAUAAAUAAAUUAUAGCUAUCAUUAAUUUGAAACAACUCUUGACUAUCCAUCCACAGAUAUAGUUAUGUCUGCCACCGCCGGGAAACGGAAGGAAAUCUACAAAUAUUUGGCACCAUGGCCAUUAUAUUCGAUGAACUGGAGUGUUCGACCAGACAAACGCUUUCGUCUGGCUCUGGGGAGUUUCAUCGAAGAAUAUAACAAUAAAGUUCAAAUAAUAAGUCUGGAUGAAGAGACCAGCGAAUUUAGUGCUAAAAGCACUUUUGAUCAUCCAUAUCCGACAACAAAAAUUAUGUGGAUACCCGAUUCUAAGGGUAUAUAUCCCGACCUUUUAGCCACCAGUGGUGAUUAUUUACGAGUAUGGCGUGCCGGAGAACCAGAUACCCGCUUAGAAUGUGUUCUAAAUAACAACAAAAACAGUGACUUUUGUGCACCAUUAACUUCAUUCGAUUGGAAUGAGGUUGAUCCCAACUUAGUUGGAACUUCUUCAAUAGAUACGACUUGUACAAUAUGGGGCUUGGAGACGGGACAACCACAUGGUCGAGUAUAUGUGGCUGGGCAUGUAAAAACACAACUUAUAGCUCACGACAAAGAGGUAUACGAUAUUGCCUUUUCGCGGGCUGGUGGUGGUCGUGAUAUGUUUGCUUCAGUCGGUGCUGAUGGUUCGGUGCGAAUGUUUGAUUUAAGGCAUUUGGAGCAUUCAACAAUUAUUUACGAGGAUCCCACACAUACAGCUUUACUUCGUUUAGCAUGGAACAAGCAGGAUCCAAAUUAUUUGGCCACCGUAGCAAUGGACUCGUGUGAAGUUAUAAUAUUAGAUGUCCGUGUUCCUUGUACACCUGUUGCAAGACUGAGCAAUCAUAGGGCGUGUGUCAACGGUAUAGCGUGGGCGCCGCACAGUUCCUGUCAUAUAUGCACUGCCGGUGAUGAUCACCAAGCACUGAUCUGGGAUAUACAGCAAAUGCCACGUGCAAUCGAGGAUCCAAUUUUAGCUUAUACAGCUGCCGAAGGUGAAGUCAAUCAAAUUCAAUGGGGUGCAACGCAGCCCGAUUGGAUUGCAAUUUGCUAUAACAAAGCAUGUGAGAUCUUGCGUGUCUAGAGACAACAGAAUCAUCGUCACCGUAGCAAUGCUCAAAGGACGUUGUAUAUUGAACGAGUUCUCAUAUAUGCACCACCACCACAAAAACAACAGCCACAACCACAGCCACAACAAAAUUUAAUAAUAAUGAAACAAAAACAAAAAAAUCUUAUAUUAACUACUAAUACUACUACUACUAACUAUAACGAUAUAGAUAAUUAUUACUACGUACGUAUAGUCUACAAAAUGUCAUCGUCGUCGUCGUCGUCUCACAGUCAUCGUCAUUAUUGCCACUAAGAAACGAACGAAUAAUGAUCGAUAGAGAUAAUAUUUUCAAAGUGAAAUCUUAACAAUCGACACUAAGUGUGUGUGAUAUUGUUUUUUAUUUGCACACCAUAAUAAGAAAACUCGAAAAAGCAGUGAAGUAGAUUAAAAAUCGGAUAAAUAAAAACCAACCAAAAGCAAAUACACAACGUAGAAAGAAAAAAAAAAAAAAAAACAAAACAAAACAAUGCAUACACAGUUCAACAUUUGUUUUCCUCUUUGUUUGCCAAAAUUAGACGAAAAAAGUAAUCAACAGCUAAUUGAAAAUGCAAUCGCUAAGAAAAUUCAGCGAGAAUCUGUAAAGUUCUAAGAAUGUAGUUUACUUUGAAUCAUUAAUUUUAAGCGAUUUAGUUUUUAAUUCAUAAGUUUAAGAGAACAUGUAGUUUGCAAAUUAUUUAUAUACAUUUUUAUUUAUAUGUUUAUUUUAAGUGUAUAAAACAAAAAACGAAAAAUAAUAACUGAUCGUGGACAAUUUAGUUGGAAAUGCUCACAGAAUACAUA